AUGAGAGGGUUUACACUCGACAAUCUUUGCCAGUGUGGCUUAUUUACUUAUCUUGUCUUAUUUUCCUUCAUGUCUUUUACCACCGCAGUCAGUUUCGACCUGACUGAGCUUAGGAAUAAAGUUGCAAAAAUCAAAGUGAAUCCAAGAGGCAAUCUUUGGGCUACAGGACAUUUCAUGGGCAAGAAGAGUGUGAUGGACACCCCACUGCUGCCUUCAGCUGAGGGACAAGGCGUUAACGCGCUGGAAGUCACCCUGCCUGCUGAGCACAAUGCUCUCAGGGAGCUUAUCCAGGAGUUUCUGCGGGUGACAUUGCAGCCGCAGGUGGAUACACAAGAGAGCCGCUCGAAAAAUCAGGAGUCGGACUUGUUGAUGAAGAUUUUAGAAAGCUACAUCCAAAGCAGAAAGUGA